AUGGAUGCUAACAAUGACCCGUUUUCAGACUUUUUUAAUUUCGACUUUGAAGAACAAGAUACGAAGAAAACAGAAAAGGUUACGCCUCAGAAAGAUCAAGCGUUACAAAAUGCAAACCUCAAAUAUAUACCUAAGCAUGAUUACGAUGGAUGGUUCCAUACAACUACGUCAAUACCUAUACUCCUUCGCUCAAAAGGAGGUCCUACUCAAGUAAAACAAUCGAUUGAACAUCUUUAUUUUCAUCGAAAAUUUGAAGAAUCUUUACGUUUAUCACUUGAAUACAUUGAAUUUGUUGAACAAAGUAAUAAACUUUCAGAUCAAAAAGAAAUUAAAAUUCAUAAUCCAAAUCGAUUAAAUAACCCUCGUGAAAUAUUGGAGAUAGCUUCAAGAAGUGCAUUACAAUUAAAAAAUGUCAAAUUAGCCGUUAAAUUCAUUGACAAAUUGGCAAGUGGCUUAGAGAAAGUAUCGAAUGAACCAGGGCAUAUGCGGUUAAGAGGGAUGAUUUAUGCAAAAGGAGGCCGUUAUGCAGAUGAUUUCACAACAGAUAUUAUGAAAAUAACAACUCAAGGAAUUUUUCAAAGCACAAUUAUAACAAAACUUGCCCUAAUUUGCAUUAAACGCGCUUAUGAAUUAAUGUUAAUAACGCCGUGGGCAACUUCAGUGAGUUAUAUUAAUUCGCGUUUUACGCAAGAGAAACGAGAAAUUGAAUACUUAAUAGACUACUUGGAGAAAGUAGAUGACAAUUUCGAAGAAACAAUGACAUUGUCAAAUAAUUUAGAAGAGAAUGAGACAGCAAAGAGUAUGAUAGCAGAAUAUGGAUUUGAUUUAGAAAUGAUAAAAUGGAUACUAGUGGAAUCUAAAACAAACGUCAAUGGGGUGUAUUUGAUGGAUCAAGAAAGAUUAUCAAAGGACUUGUAG